GUUCUCUGUAAUUGAUCAGACUUAGUAUUUCCGGCAAGAUGACUAGACUGGACCUGCUGAUAGUAUCAAUAUUUAUUUCGACUGCAUUUAUUGCAGUUUACGGAUAUCCAGGUUCUAUAUUGCAUCGGGAUGCAAGAUCGCCAUAUUACGGCGGUUUUGGAUUCCACCCACCUCCACCAUUCCCAUUUUUCCAAACAAACAAUUGGAGUGGAAUUGCAAAAAGCGCUGAUGGAAACACCAAUGGAGUAUACAGUGGCGCUGCUGCUAGUGCCACAAAUACUGCAUCGGCUACUGGACAAGCAUUAUCGCUAGCAUCAGCUGACUGUGAUGAUGAUGAUUCGGUUCAAUCUACUGGGACUUCUGGCAAAUUAAUAGCUGGUUUUGGUGAUGGCAACAGAGGCGACCAUUCUGGUGGUUUCGGUGGACAAUUCAGUGCUCAUAAAGAAGCUCGUUAUUCUUUCCAAAGUGGUGGAGGAAAGUUUGAAGCUGAAGGUUCUGGAUUGAACGGCCAGAGUGGCUCUGGGAGCCAUGGACAGUUAAACCUUGGUGCAAGUAGCUCAGCGAGUGGUAUCGGAGCCGCUGACCUUAGUAAAGGCAAUGGAUUCUAUUCAUCAAGUCACGAUAGCGCACAAGCAGGAGGUAAAUUAACAGGCGGUGAUCAAAGCGGUGGUUUCAGCAGUUCCAGCGCACAUAGCUCAUCAUUUGGUUCAGUAAAAGGUAAUGACCAACAACAAGUGGAGUUAGUUAGUGGGGGCAUACAUUCUGAAAAAGGUGAUCAAGAGCAAUCAAAUCUUGACACUCAAGCGGGCUUCGAUGCAGAAUCUGGGCAAAAAAAUAAAGUGGGCGUAGCUUUUGGGCAACAAAAUAAUCAGCUGAAAGAACAAGUUGGGCUUAAUGGUGGAAAUGGCCAGCAAACUGUCCAAAGCGGUUAUGGUCAACAGAAAGGACUAGCUGGUGUUGGUCAUCAGCAAUAUAAAGGCACCUUUGGCCAAUCACAAGGCCAAGUUGGAUUUGACCAACACGUACGUCAAGGAGGUUUUAAUAAACAACAAGGUCAAGCUUCAUUUAGCCAGAAAGACCAAAAUCAAGGUGCCUUUGGCCAAUCACAAGGCCAAGUUGGAUUUGACCAACACGUACAUCAAGGAGGUUUUAAUAAACAACAAGGUCAAGCUACAUUAAGCCAGAAAGACCAAAAGCAAGGUGCCUUUGGCCAAUCACAAGGCCAAGUUGGAUUUGGCCAACAUUUAGAUCAAGGAGGUUUUAAUAAACAGCAAGGUCAAGCUUCAUUUAGCCAGAAAGAACAAAAUCAAGGUGCCUUUGGCCAAUCACAAGGCCAAGUUGGAUUUGGCCAACAUUUAGAUCAAGGAGGUUUUAAUAAACAGCAAGGUCAAGCUACACUAACCCAGGAAGAGCAAAAUCAAGGUGCCUUUGGCCAAUUACAAGGCCAAGUUGGAUUUGGCCAACACGUAGGUCAAGAAGGUUUUAAUAAACAGCAAGGUCAAGCUACACUAACCCAGGAAGAGCAAGAUCAAGGUGCCUUUGGCAAAUCACAAGGCCAAGUUGGAUUUGGCCAACAUUUAGAUCAAGGAGGUUUUAAUAAACAGCAAGGUCAAGCUACACUAACCCAGGAAGAGCAAGGUGCCUUUGGCAAAUCACAAGGCCAAGUUGGAUUUGGCCAACACGUAGGUCAAGGAGGUUUUAAUAAACAGCAAGCUACAUUAAGCCAGAAAGAGCAACAUCACGGUGCAUUUGGCCAAUCACAAGGCCAAAUUGGAUUUGGCCAACACGUAGGUCAAGAAGGUUUUAAUAAACAGCAAGGUCAAGCUACAUUAAGCCAAGAAGAGCAACUCAAACAGCAGAAUCUACAAGGUGGAAAUAGUGCUAGCAGCCAAGCUUCUUCUUACGCCCACGGCAGAGGCUUUGGCUAUGGGAGAGGGUUCUCAGGAUAUGGACAUGAUCACGGUCAUAGUAACGGUUUUAACUCCAAAUAUCAAGCUAAUCAAGAAUUGCAACAGCAACAAUCAGGACCUGAAUUGACCAGCGGAAACAGUGAAUCGCAAAGUGCUGGCAGUGGUUCUAUUGGAGGAGCCUUAAAUCUUGCUUCUCAAGGCUUAGAAGCAGCACAAAAGACUGGAUGCAGUACUUGUGCUGGAAAUGGUGGAUAUGCCUACAGUAAUGCCAAGAGUCACAGUGGGUCAGCUAUUUCCAUUGCAUUUGGCGGUUAAAGUAUUCAGUUCAUCUAUUUUUAUUACCGAUGUUAAUUGUGAUGUGUUCUUGAUGUAUUUGUGCUUCUUCCUUGUAAAUAAAAUAUAAUUAUUCUUGUUGA